AUGGCCGCGGCGAUGGAGGUGGUCCUGUCGCCUCGCGGGGCGGUCAUCUUCCAUCAGGUGGUCAAGUGCCACCAGAAGGUGGGCAAGGAGGUGGCUUUGGAGGCGACGGGCGAGGAGCUGAAGAUGGCCACCAUGAACGACGCCCAGACCGUCACCAUGGUGUCCAGCUUCCACCGGUAAGCACCACCGGCUUGGUUGGCUUCAUGGGAUGGAUGACGAUGGCUGGCUGCAAUGGCCGGGUGGAUGGAUGUGUGUGAGAUCAGGUCGUUCUUCUGGUCGUUUGUGUUGGAUCCGAACGACCCGUUCCGCGCGACGGUGCUGACGCGGCUGCUGGUGAAUGCACUCACCAAGACGCCCAGGGGCGACAGGCUCGUCAUGAGCGACAACACCAGCCACGCAUUCCUCUCGAUACUGUCAGUCAGUACUUACAAACACUGAAUGCCUGCCGUGAUGCCAUCCGUGUGGAUGCAUGUGUGUGUGUGUCCUGUGCGUGUGCGUGCGUGUGUGUGUGUGUGUGUGUGUGUCCUCCCUCUCAGUGGUGACUCGAAGCAUGGCAUCUGCACCACCCAGUGCCUGGCCUACCGUGAGAGCGACCUCGCCGCACCACUGCCACACAUCGGUGCGCCACACACGCACCCACACCCACACACGGCCCCACACGCACGCAGAACACACCAAUGACUGACACGCACGCCCCGCCUCCAUCGCCUUGACGUGCAUCCGUGUGUGCAGGUCAGCGCCCUCGGCGUCACGUCAUUCGUCUGUCGGCCAAGGACCUGGACACCGUCAUCCGCCACAUGGACAAGAAGGCGGGCGGGGGCGGAGGGCGGGGCGCCAACCUCACCCACGAAAUGCGGCUCUGCCUCGACCGCGGAAACCAACACAUCAAUGUACCCACGCCACGCACGGACUCAUGGGGAGGGAGAGGGUGACAUGUGGGCUGGUGUGGUGUGGUGUGUGUUGAUGUGUGUGGUCAGUUCCGAUCGUACGAUGACGUUACUGAGGACCCCAUACCGAAGGACGACGCUGCGCAACAACCCCACCAGCAGCAGCAGCAGCAGCAGCAAGCGGUCAAACGGACGACCAGGUCCAUCACCAUCACUGGAACCAGCGUGAGCCUCUCCUAACCCCCCCAACACACACACAUGAAUGGCAUAUUGUGUAGCCGUUUGUGUGUGUGUGAAUGUGUUUCUGUGUCAGUUCGCGUGUUUUGACAUCGGCCACAGCAGUCAGGGUGACGGUGGUGGUGCGUCCGGUGCGGCAUCGGGCAGCCGUGGGUCGACACAGGGUUCGGUGCCGCUGCCCAAGGAGAGCUGGUUCGUCUUUCCUGUCAAGGAAAUCAAGGCACUCACUGCUUUAGCUGGUCAGUCCAGUCACCACACGGCCUACACGAGUGGGCAGGGCAAACGUGUGUGUGCUCAUGUGUCCAUCCAUCCAUCCAUCCCUCUCUUCGUGUGUGUGUGUGUGUGUGUGUGUAGCUCAAGUGCAUUCAGAGGUGUCGCUGAUCUUCAAUCGGCCGGGGCGUCCUGUCGUUGCCACGGUGGGCAAGAGGAGCACAGCGGGCGUGUGGCAACCGUGCAACCAUCUGAAUGUGCGUGUGGUACUUACUGUGUUGUGUUAUGGCUGAUCAGAUCGGUGUGAAGGCCCAGAUGGCCAGCCAUGACGACGAGUACCUGUUCCAAAACCUCACCGACGCCCUCAUCCAACAGCUGGGCACUUACGACAUGGGCCACUGUGAGUGGACGGAGGGAUGGAUGUGUGAAAACCUCUCUGUGUGUGUGGUGUCUGGUGUGUUCGUUCAGUUGAGACUGACGCGGGGAACGAAGGGGGCCCGGUGACAGGUGUGUGGCUGGAUGGAUGGACACACAGAGGCAGACACAGACACCGGCUCGUCGUGUGUGUGCUUGGUGUGGUGUGUCGAUCAGCCAACUUGCACGCAUGGGGCAGCAUUCUGUGGCUCAGCACCAUCGACGUGAGCAGGCAGGAAGGAGCUGGGGAAUGACACACGGGGGCAACCAUCUGUCUGUCUGUCUGUCUGUGUGUCUGUGUGUGUGGAUAAUCCGCGUCUGUGUGGCAGACCGACAUGGAGCCCUACGACGACGACAUGUACUUCGACCCAACGGAGAACGACCAACAGCAGCCGCAGGUACGCUGCACCACCACACACCCCCGCACACGCACAGACACUGACUCUUCGCCGCCGCCCCUCCCACUUGCUCUCAGGAUGCCCCCCAGCCCCCACCAGCUGCGGCAGCAGGAGCCGGUGCACCGCCCCCGCCCGCCCCCAACGAUAUGGACGAUGAGGGCCUGGACGACCUGCUGGACGGUCUCAACGACGAGUGGCUGCAGCAGCAGCGGCAGCAGCAACAACAGCAAGAGCAGCAGCAGCAGCAGGGCGGAGAGGAAGGGGAGGGCAACAACACCGCAGAGAAGGAGGAUGGGAUGGCUGAAGGCGGCGGUGAGGGUGAGGGUGGGAUGGAGGUGGAGGUGGAGUGGGAGGGGCCGAACCCAUUUGCAGGACAGCACCAGCAUCACCAGCAGGAGGAGGAGCAGGUGAGAAGGAAGGAGAGAGAAUGGGUGGGCCGGUAGGUAGGUGUGUUCUCGUUGGUAUCUCUCUUUUCGCCUGUCUGUUCAGGCAUCGCAGCGCAUCAACCGUCGCCCUCUGAAUCCCUCGCCACGAUACGCCAACAAACCCCGCACAAACAACAACAACAACCAGCAGCAGCAGCCGGCUGCCGCAGCUGCAGCUGCGGCAGGUCAGUCACACUCCACAGACUGAAGCACGCCGCAUCCACCCUCCUCUCUCCUGUGGGCAUGUGCCUGAGUGCAGGUGGCGGCCUUCGUCUGGGCCAGGCUAUGCGCCGCACACGCAACCAGCACCAGCAGCAGCAGGGCGCGGCCAACGACAACGGUGGCGUUGGCGGUGGCGGAGCUGCGGGUAGGGGCGGUGCCAAUGAUGGUGACGAUGAGGGCGAGGACGCCAAUUUCGGGAGGCACAUGUUCGGCGGCUACGUCACUGACCCACGGUAGUCGCUAGCUACUGCAGGCACACACCAGGCAGACAGAAGACAGACGAGACGGAUCCCUCCAUGCCCUCUGUCCAUCUGUGUGUGUGUGUGUGCGUGUGUGUGUUUGUUGGCAGCGAGCGCAUUUUGGCCAAAUCCAAGGCCAAGCCGCGUCAGAAGCCUCGCAGGCGGUGGGACGACGUCGAAAGCGACGAGGAGGACUUCUACGACGAUCAGGCUGAGGAUGAAGAAUAUCCCGCCACGCCACCACGGGCAGGUACGCACGGGGUAAGGACUGGGUGUCAGUCAGUGGUGGCUUGGGUGUGUGUGUCAGGUAACGAGCGUCGGGUGCCUUUGGAGGAGUGGAUGGACAUCGAGAAGGCGUUCGACUGGGGCAAACCGAAGAAAAAGAAGAAGAAACAAGAUGCGUAGAGUCGUUGGUUGAGGGGGCAGGGCAAGGAGGCGGGGGGCGGCAGAUGAGAGACAUGUAGAUCGGUUGCUGCAUGCUGCGUGGCGUGGAUCGAUGCAUGUGUGUGUGACUAGCUAGCGAGAGACAUCCAUCCACGGCAAUCAGAUGAGAUGUAGCCAUGAAUCGAGUAGUGUCAUU